CGGUCGUGUACCACGGUUUUGUUCGCCGUGCCGAGAGUAAAUUACCUUCAACCCUCCAUAACAAUCACGCGAUAUUAUUAAGAGUUUGUGUAUAACAAAACAUUAAGGGAAAAAUGUGAAGUAAAAAAUUUGGUAACGUGAGAAUACGACGUGAAAUCAAAUGACAUUGUGAAGGGUGGGGUCUCAGCGACCAGAUGAGAAGAUUUAAUUGGUAUAGAAGCAAGUUACGGCCACGAAAAUUGCUCCACACGGCAGUCCAGCGCGAGCGUACAUCGCCUACCACAAACUGGGCGCAGGCAUGGAGACCCAGACUGCGACACCGCAGUCUGAGUGCGAGUGUGGCGUGCACCCCUCCGUGUUUUACCUUCUGGCCACACUUUUACUCACGAGUUGCUCCACUGCUAUGCUCUGCGCUGCCAUCAUGACAGAGCAUUGGGAACACGUGUCCUGGGAGAAGUCGGCUCUCGCGGCACUCGCAAAUGCUUCCAAUACUGCACUGCAGUGGCUCUUGGAUGAGAAAGUUGUUAAGAUUGGAGAUUCACACUCUCGAAAAGGCGGCGGCACAUUUUUAGUUCCCAUGAAUGGAGGUAUUUGGACCAUGUGCGUGUCUUUAGAAGAGGAAGAAGUGUCAAUAUUGGCGAGAGCCGGAUUUCCGACGGAGCCGCUGUGCACAAACUACUUGGCAGAUGACGAAGAUGAACAGAGAGGAGAUUGGCAACAUCGUAUGCAGAACCUGUCCAUAUCGUGUGCGCUGGUGUGUCUCAUCGUGUUAGGCAGCGCAGCGCUGGUCGGCGCUUUUGGCGUCUGCAAACAUCAAAUCAGCGCUGUGCUUGUUACUGGUGUCAUGUAUCUUUUAGCCGGGUUAUUCGCAAUGUUCACAUUAAUGAUAAUACAUUUCAAGCGAGUCCAACGAGUGUCUACCCGCGGCAGUUCUCACGGUGAUGACACCGCAGACGGCGUCAUAGGCCCGCGUUACCCCGCAUUCCCCUUACUAUCCGCGAGAGAGUUUACGACAUCGUGGUCGUUAGAGCUGGGGUGGGGAGGCGUGGCUUUAGCGACCACUACGUCACUUCUGUGGAUAUUGUUAUCGAAGAUCAUGAGAUACAAUCCUAUAUCAUCUAUGUUGUUGUGAAUUCGCAUGAUUAUUAUGCGUUUACACGGACGCGAGGGUUAAACUGAAAAAAAAAAGAUUUUAGAAUGUUUAAUGCAAUAAAUUAAAUUUAUACAUAAUGUUACCUAAACAAAAUACGCGUAAAUCGCAAUGAGCCUAGUCCGUGUAAAUGCUGGAUAAAGUCAAUUACGUUAAUCCCAAUAUUUUAAGUAGGAAAUUUCUACCCAGGCGCUUUUAUAUUGCGUCAUAAUUAAACAUUAAAUUUAAGUAUAAUUAACAUAAACCGUCAUUAAGAAAGCUUGAAAAAACAGCCUUAUACCCAAAUAAUUAUGAACCCAAAAUGCCGCAACCAAAUUUCUAAUUUAUAGCACUCUACAUUAGGCUUAUCAUUGUACAAAAGUAAUAGCUUAGGCAGUCGCCGGGCUUGUUGCCGUCCAUAC